AUGGGCGACACCUCGCAAGUUACAGUCCUGAAGCCUCCUAUCCGCCGUAGUUGGUGGAAGGAGUCGGCCGUCUAUCAGAUCUACCCGGCAUCGUUCAAAUCGGUCAACUGCACCGUAGAUGGGAAUUCAGCUACAGUAAAGGGAGACCUGCGCGGCAUCAUCUCGAAACUUGACUACAUCAAGGAGCUUGGAGUGGAUAUUGUGUGGCUCAGCCCUAUCUUGCAAUCUCCUCAAGUCGAUAUGGGCUAUGAUAUCUCGGACUACCAUGCUAUCGACUCGCUGUAUGGAACGAUGGAAGACCAUGACGAUCUGAUCAAGGGCUUGCAUGACAGAGGGUUGAAAUACGUCAUGGAUCUCGUCGUCAAUCACACCUCGGAUCAGCACGAGUGGUUCAAACAAUCCCGCUCUUCCAAGGACAAUCCCUAUCGAGAUUGGUACUUCUGGCGGCCGCCUCGGUAUGAUGAAGACGGCAACCGCAUGCCCCCCAAUAAUUGGGAGUCGGCGUUCUCUGGGUCUACCUGGACAUAUGACGAAGCCACCGGCGAAUACUAUUUGCACAUAUUCGCGAGUGCGCAACCCGAUUUGAACUGGGAGAACCCUGCAGUCCGGGACGCCGUACACGAUAUGAUCAGGUUCUGGCUCGAUCGUGGUGUGGAUGGCUUUAGGAUGGACGUCAUCAACUUCAUAUCUAAAGCUCCUGGGUUGCCGGAUGGGCAGAUCACAAAACCCGGGUUCUUGCAAUCGGGCAUCGAGCAUUUCGCUUGCGGCCCUCGCUUGCACGAGUAUCUUCGAGGCAUCGGCGCCAUCUUGCAUAAGUAUGACGGCUUUUCUGUCGGUGAGAUGCCGGGCGUCACGGAUACGAGAGAAAUCCUCAAGGCGGUUGGGCAAGAUCGUGGCGAACUGGCGAUGGCUUUUCAAUUCGAUAUCGUCAACAUGGAUAUCGAGCCGGGUGCUGGGUCGAAGUGGGAGCACCGCGACUUUGAACCGCGAACUCUCAAGCACGUCGUCGCGAAGUGGCAGUCUUUCAUGCUCGAGAACGCAGGCUGGAACGCCGUAUUCAUGGAAAACCACGAUCAAGGCCGGACAAUCUCGAGGUAUUGCGACGACAGCGAGGAGUACCGGACGAAGUCGGCCAAGCUGCUAGCUGCUCACAUGGGUCUCCAAUCGGGGACAGUCUUCAUCUAUCAAGGUCAGGAACUUGCACAGAUAAAUGUCCCUGAGUCUUGGGGUUUGGACAAGUACAAAGACAUCGAGGUGAUCAACCACUGGAAGACGGUUUUGCGGGACUAUCCUGACGACAAGGAGAAGCAAGCCGCCUACAAGCGACAGUAUCGACUCAUUGGCCGUGACAAUGCUAGAACGCCGAUGCAGUGGACUCGUGACGCGGGCUCCUUUGCCGGUUUCCUUCCGGAUAACCCACCUAAGGAUGUCAAGCCCUGGAUGUCGAUCCACCCCGACUUUGAGCGGUGGAAUGCCGAGACACAGCUUGCGGACUGGAACAGUGCAUUCCUUUACUGGCAACGAAUACUUGCGCUUCGCAAGCAGCACAAGGAUAUCUUUGCCUAUGGUGAUUUUGAGAUGCUCGAUGUGGAAAACGAAUUUCCCAAUGUCAUCGCGUACCUAAGGACUGAUCGGUCUCCGCAGGAUUCACACGUGGAGAACGAGAAAGUGCGAAGCUGCCUUGUCAUCGCGAACUUUUCGAGGGAUCGGAUAUGGUGGAGAGUGCCGGAAAAGGUCGAAAAUAUCUUAUUCGACGGCCGUAGACUGAGGAGCGAAGCUAUCCGACAGGACCUGCGCAAUUACACUGGAAGUGCCGCCGGCGAUAACGCGACUGAAAGAGACGAGAAGGGAUGGAAGAUCGACUUGAUGGCCUGGGAGGUGGUCGUCGCCGUGGCUUGA